AUGUCAAUACUGUGGGAGAAGAGCGAGACAUGGAGGUGGAUGGUGAGGAAGACCAGGGAUUCGAAGCCCUUUUUCUUCGCAUUCGCCACGGUGUGCGGCAUCGUUCCGGGGGUUAUAGGCUUCUGCGUUAUGCAAUUCACCAGCUCCGGCAACCCUGACCUCGAAGCCAAGCUCCGCCAAUCUGCGCGCCCGGAAUCUCUAAUGAUGGGUAAAGUUAACAAAGAGCGGCUUGGGGAAUACCUUGGGGAACUGAAGAGAAAAGAGGACACCAAUGACAGAUAUGUUGCUGCUCUGAGGGGGGAGACAUUGACUAGAAAGCCUUAUGUGAGAAUUCAACCAAUCCCAGAGCAAAGUGGUUCCAAAGUUCAAAAGGAACAGAAGUAG